GAAGUUUUCUCUCACUGCUUUUCCCAUUGUAUUACUUUCCACUUCGCCCCUCAAGUCCCUUUUCCCUUUUCAGUCCACGCCGCUGAGAAAGAGCAGAGGAGUCCUCUUUUGUCUCCCUCGGCCGCCACACUCUCGUUUCCCGCUCUCAACCCCCGAAGCUGACAGUCAUGUCUUUCGCAGCAGCAGCUAGGGUUUUCAAAACCUGCCGGCCUCUCCUGGCCCCCUCCAAGUCCGCCGCCGCUGCUUCAAUCCCGGCAAAGCCAGCCAAGAAAGCAAAGGCAGCACCGAAGCCCAAGCCGGACGCGCCCAAGAAAGCUAGCGGCAUACUGAAGCAAGUUGCAGUCUCCCCGGAGCUGUGCAGCUUCCUUGGGGUUCCCGAGGCUUCUCGCACCGAGGCUGUUAAAAAGAUCUGGGCACACAUCAAGGAACAUCAGCUCCAGAACCCUGCAAACAAGAAAGAGAUUAUCUGCGAUGACAAGCUUAAGACAAUAUUUGCCCAGAAGGAGAAAGUUGGGAUGCUGGAGAUUGCAAAGUUGCUGUCGCCUCAUUUCAACAAGUCUGGUUAGCUGGAGAAAGAAACAAUGGUGUUUUGUGGCAGUUGGGGAUCUCUUUUGAAGCAAGCUCUUAGUAAAAUUCUCAUCGUGAAUCCUCCCUGGAAUGUUGUUUUUCUUGUCGAUAUUUGUGGUUUUGUUUGAGUCCCCAAACUGUGGACACCUUUUUGUUGCAAGUGAACUAGUCCUGAUCUUGACUAUGUAUAAAGUAGCUAGGGGAAGAAAGCAUUUGCCUCUUCAACAAUGGUUAAACAACAGCUCCUUUCAUAUCCCAUAGUCCUAUCCUCUUCAAUAGCUCACCCUUUUGAUGCCAUGAUGUUUGCAGAAUAUAGAUUAGUUGUUUCUUUUCCCCGUUUUCAUUGUCAUCUUGAGCAAAAUCAU